AUGUCUGACACUACUACUACUGCCGUCACAGAGCCUGUUAUCUAUGAUUAUGAUGAAAUUGAAAAACAUAAAUCUCAUGAUGAUUUAUGGGUUGUUUUAAAUGGUAAAGUUUAUGAUAUUUCAAGAUAUAUAGAUGAACAUCCUGGUGGUGAAGAAGUUAUUUUGGAUGUUGCUGGUACAGAUGCUACUGAAGCUUUUGAUGAUAUUGGUCAUUCCGAUGAAGCUCAUGAAAUUUUACAAAAAUUAUAUAUUGGUAAUUUAAAAGGUGCGAAACAAGUUGAAGUUAAAAGAGCUCAAGCUUAUGAAACCAGUGGGUCUACAAUUAAUUUACCAAUUAUAGCUGUUAUUGUUUUCUUAAUUGCAUUUGGUGCUUAUUAUUAUAAGACAAACUUUUAG